CGUCACCCGCGUCGUGAAUGCGUACGCUUACUAACAAGGAAGUGCUCUCUGGUGUUUUGUGUUGACGGAAUAUGAUUCUUCAGCUAUGCUUCGGUUAAAAGGAAGAAUAACUGAAUUUAACACCUGAACCCAGACCAGGUGGGCCUGAUAAGCUUCCUGUGAUCCAGCCGGUUAGAGCCAUGGUGUGCUGCUACUCCUGCGCCAGGCUCUGCUCCCGCUCCUCGGGCUACACUCUGGCGCUUGGCCUGGGUUUUGUUACAUUAGGGACAAGUCGCAUUGUGCUGUUGAAAUUCUCUGCCAACGCAGAAAAUAAGUAUGACUUCCUCCCUGCAUCUGUUAAUCUGCUCGCUGAGGCUCUCAAGCUGCUCUUCUGUCUGGUUAUGUCGGUCAGAGUGAUAGUCCGAGAGGGACGAUCAUGCAGAGAUUUGGGCUGUGCCUCCAGCUCCUCCUUCCUGAUCUCCCUAAAGUGGGCUGUCCCUGCGUUCCUCUACUUUCUGGACAACCUGAUCAUCUUCUAUGUGAUGACCUACCUGCAGCCGGCCAUGGCAGUGUUGUUCUCCAACUUUGUCAUCCUGACCACAGCUGUUCUCUUUAGACUUGUUUUAAAGCGGCGUCUGUCUUGGGUUCAGUGGGCAUCUUUAGUUAUCCUUUUCCUGGCCAUCGUCUCCUUGACAACAGGGUCAGGGGGCAGCCAAAACUCCAUAGCAAUGCCAGGCCUCCACUCAAAUCCCCUCUCCACCCCCUCCAACUCCUGCAUUCUUUACACCCAGCUCCUGGAGCAGAUGAAAAACAGCAGCGCCUCUGAGUCGUGGACAUCGUCACUGCCCGGUCAGGCCUGGAGGGACAGGAUAGUGGGGAAGCUGCAGUCUCUCGGUGUGGGUCACAUCCUGCUCUUCCUGCAGUGUUUCAUUUCUGCCAUGGCCAACAUCUACAAUGAGAAAAUUCUCAAAGAGGGAGACCAGCUUACAGAGAGCAUCUUCAUCCAGAACAGUAAAUUGUAUGUCUUUGGUGUGGUGUUUAAUGGUCUGACUCUGGGGCUCAGCAGUGAGGCUCGAGGACUCACCAUUCACUGUGGCCUUCUCCACGGACAUAACAUUUAUUCUUUGGCUUUGGUGCUGGUCACUGCUGCCCUGGGUUUAUCUGUUGCCUUCAUCUUAAAGUUCAGAGACAAUAUGUUCCACGUGCUGACGGGCCAGAUCACCACCGUACUAGUGACCGGAUUCUCCCUCUUCCUGUUUGACUUCCGCCCCUCGCUGGACUUCUUCCUGCAGGCCCCCAUAGUCCUGCUAUCCAUUUUUAUUUACAACGCCAGCCGACCAAAAGACCUGGAGUACAGCCUACAACAGGAGAAACUGCGGGUCAUCAAUGGAGAGGUGUUUAAGAGGUCCAGAGGGGACGGCGAGGAGCUGGAGCUCCUCAGUAAGACCAACACAGACAGUGAAUCUGACGAGGAAUCCUUGUGAAUCCUGAGUUUUGAGCCAGAGGCUUGUCCAAACCAAUCAGUCAAGUUAAAGAUUCUAUUCACAGAUAAAAGGUCAGUAUAUAAAAUAUUUAUAUCAUCCACCUAUAAAAUACAUUUUGUUAUUUGUCCCCCACUUCCUGCUAUUCAUACCCCCCUAAUUUGUUGGUCUCUUUGUGAAAUCUGUGUGAAAGGUUCUAUACAGGUCCCAUACAGGAGGGCAGAUUAUAGACAACCCUGACGCAGUCAUUUUACUACUUUUACUACAAAUUUGCUUGAGAUGUCCUGGUACAGCAGUCAUAUGGAAGCUGGAAACAUUUCAGGAAAACUCAUUUUUUGCAGUACCCGGAAGAGGUACUGGUGCGAGACCCGAUCAAAGGCUUUCUCAAAAUCUAAAUUUAGGACUAGCCAAAUCUUUCUGUCUCUCGCAAAACAGAUCUUGGAUCAGUACGAGGCUGUCGGUGAUGUUCCUACCUUGAAUAGCACAGACUUGAUCCAGGUGAAUUAUUUCUUUUUAAAACAAGAUGCCUAUGUGUGGCUAAAAGUUUGCUAAAACGUUCGCAGUCAAAGUUAGAAAGGAUAACAGUUUCUUAAGUCAGUCUUUAUUUUGCCUUCAUAAAUAAGAGUCACUAUCCCUACUCUAAAACUGUCUGGAGUUGGUCAAGUUGACUAAAAUCUGUAAAAACAAUCAGUAAGUCAGGUGCUAAAAUGCCUCUAAGCAUCAAGUAGAAUUCUAGAGGAAGUCCAUCUGAUACAGGGGACUUCCCUCUCUUGAAACUUUUAAGACACUGAUUUAUGUCUAAUACAGUAAAACCCUGAAUUAAAAGCAAGCCGUUUUUGACUUUCUAUGAAAAAAAAAAAUUAAGGUCCCUGUAAUGUUCUCCGUGGUUACAGCUUUUCUUUGUAUAAUUCACAAUAAAAAUCUUGUACUGUUUGAA